GUGAGAAUAAUAAAAGCAGUUGUGGGCAGUUGAAGGUGGUUGUUGAAACGCAUCGCGUCGUAUAAAUAUAAAUACGCACAGUAUAUACGUUAUUUCUCAACAACUUGUGAUUAAAUCAUUCAAGAUGACGUCAUUUGUAACACUUACAACUCUUGUAAUUGUUUUUAGUACCUCCGCUGUUUAUGGUAUGGAUUGUUCCUUGGGUUCAAGUAAAAACUUUUUAGAUGAGGUAAUUAGCCAUUGCCCGAAGCCUCUAAUCGACGACAGUUCAAAAGAAUAUUGUUGCUUUAAUACUCAUGGAGAUUAUUAUUGCUGUGAUGCUCAAGAAUUUGCCCUGACAACUGGACUAGGAAUAAUCGUUCCUGCUAUUAUCGCAGUUAUUGUCGUAGUGACAUUCAUCGUUUUAUGCAUCUCCUGUUUGUGCUGCAGUUGCUGCCCAUGGUACAAAAGACGCCACCGCGGAACCGUCUAUGGAAGAGGUGUUAUGGUAAUUCAUCAACCGGUAAAUAAUCCAAUGCCAAAUCAACAACCUAUUCACACUAUUUAUCCCCCGUAUCCUGCUUCGAACCCUCAAGUAUCAGCUUCGACACAUCAAGGACAGCCACCACCUUACUCCGCAGAACCUUACGCGAAGCAGUCUCCGUAUAACCCAAAUUAUCAACAGCAGUAAUAUUGUCGUAUUACAUUUAACUUGUAUUAUUUUACCAUAAAUCAUUGGCCUAUCAUGUGACGGACAAUGUCCAUUGUGGUGGUUAUUAAACAGCAGUGUAAUACAUACGGAGAUGAUAAUAAUGAUAAUAUAAUAGGGAGCCAAGAGUGAUCCACUACUGUUACAAUUACUGCUGAUAUAACUAAUACACCCGGCUUUUUUUAUCUAGGAAAAAUUAUUACAUCCAAAGAUUCAUUUCUUCCGUAAA